AUGAUAAUUGAAGAAGCACAAGCUAUCAAUUCUUUUUUCAGAUCGGAAUCCUCAAAAGAGGCCUAUGGGCUCAUAUGGUUACUUGUACCUAUUGUUACUCUUGUAUUGGGAAUCACAAUAGGGGUAUUAGUAAUUGUGUGGCUAGAAAGAAAAAUAUCUGCAGGGAUACAACGACGAAUUGGUCCUGAGUAUGCCGGCCCCCUGGGCAUUCUUCAAGCUCUAGCGGAUGGGGUCAAACUACUUUUCAAAGAAGAUCUUCUUCCAUCUAGAGGAGAUAUUCGUUUAUUUAGUGUCGGCCCAUCCGUAGCGGUCGUAUCAAUUCUACUGAGUUAUUCAGUAAUUCCCUUUGGCCAUCACCUUGUACUAACCGAUCUCAGUAUAGGUGUUUCUCUAUGGAUCGCUAUUUCAAGUAUUGCCCCUAUCGGACUUCUUAUGUCCGGAUAUGGAUCAAAUAAUAAAUAUUCCUUUUCAGGUGGUUUACGAGCUGCUGCUCAAUCUAUAAGUUAUGAAAUACCGUUAACUCCAUGUGUGUUAUCAAUAUCUCUACGUGUGAUUCGUUGGAAUACGCACUCCUACCUCUUUCUUUGCUUUUUCUAGGAAAGAAGUUGGUUGAUUGAAUAUAUAGAUAGAACUCUUUUUUAUUCAUCACUGGGAUCUAUGAACUAAACCAGAUAGUUAUAUGAGUGAAACAAAACUGCUUAUGAAUUCGCAGUAAGAAGAUCGAGUCUCAUUACCUACGUACGAGAGUAAAGUGGAGCUAAACAUAAGCAGCGGAAGCUGUUUACCCCAAGUAUCGAUUAGCCAUCAGGACUUGAAGCGGGCGCAAAAGAUCAACUGUAUGGAAUUUUUACUCUUGUAUUUAUUA